UCCGAACGAAAAUUCAAACGUCAAAAUACGCUUGCAAAGUGUUUUCUUGAUUGUUGUUUCUAUUUCAAAAAAAUUAAUUUUUGUCGCCAUGGCGCGCAAUUGCAAUGAAAAUGACGAUGAAAAAAUCGAUCCUGCGUCUGUUACUUCCAACGUCAAGAGUACGAUCAAGCAGGACAUAAUAAAAGAUCUACUAAACGGGUCCUUCCAAGACAACAAAACUAAACUAGGCAAUGAUGCCUUAUCACUGGUUGUUGAAGUGGCAAAGUGCCUGGUGACGGAGACUUGCCUCAGGGCAUCCAGUCAGGCGUUGCGAGAGAGCUGCGACCGAGUAGACCUUGAACACGUAGAGAAGUGCCUUCCACAACUUAUGCUAGAUUUCCCGUAAGCUUUACUGCCCAAAUGCCUUGUGGAACAAUUAACCUGGAAUGUGCUCUGGGUGCUAUAUGUUUAAGAAAAAUGGAGUUCCAGUACCUGAAUUAAUGACAUUAAUGUAUAGAAAUGUUUAGUUUACUUAGGUUUUGUGUUCACUACACUAUUUAACUAUAAUGCAUUUACUCGUAUUACUAAAGUCCAUCUUAUGUCUUCAAUUAUUAUUAGUAAUCUUAUGAGGUAGGGUGAAAAGCAAUAAAAUAUUUUAUUCACACA